AGCCCACCAUGGCCAAGGUGCUGCCUGCCUGCCUGCUGCUGGCCCUGCUGCUCCUGCCCCCAGCCCUGCUGGCACCGCAGGAGCGAGGGCUCGUCUUCAACCUGGACACGGGGGAGCUGUGCCUGCAGAGUGCCCAGUGCAAGAGCGGCUGCUGCCACCGAACCGACGGCCUCAGCCUGGCCCGCUGCGCCCCAAAGGCAGCUGAGACCCAGGAGUGCUCCCCAAAGAGCCUCUAUGGGGUCUACUACAAGUGUCCCUGUGAGAGCGGCUUGACCUGCGAGACUGACAGAACCAUCGUGGGCUCCAUCACCAACACCGACUUUGGCAUCUGCAUGGACCCCCAUGAGUCCAGAAGGCGGUGAAGGAAGAGCCCCCCGUGCCCCUCUGUGCUGCCCCUGCCUUUCCCCCUCUCCUGUGCCUAGCUGUGGGAGAAUCUGAAUAAAGACCAGCUUCUGCCGA